AAAAAUAUAAUGUGUAUACCUUUGCGACGGCUAUACCCGACGACGCGAAGUAGUAGGAGUCGGAUGAUGGAACCGGUGAGCCGCUGAGGCCGCUCGGUUGUGUGUCCUUGUAAUUAUUAUAUACUGUUUAUCCGAGAAGACGUUGCUGUACAUGGAUAUAUAUAUAUUAUACGCCGAUCGAAGCUACAUAAGCUCUUUCUCUGUGCGGUGGAGUGCUCCCCGAGUGUGGGGAUUUUUGGGGAAAGUGAUGUAAAAAAAAUACAUGUCUCAAGUGCGUGACAACUUUCUGUCAUCUCUCGAUCUCGUGUUGUGAUACAUUUUAUUGCAGUCGAGGAUCUAUUGAGAAAGUUUUGUGUGUCCAUAUACAAUACAACAUAUAUAUAUAUACGGAGGAGGAGUGAGUCGGUUGUACUGGCCGGUGUGUUGUUUGAUCGUGGUAUAUAUAUACAGAGAAGAGGAUCCGGGGAAGCUGGGCGUAAUAUGAGGCAAGCAUGAACGUCCCGAUCGUUGCCGGCGACUUUGACGAUGGGACUUACGUCCGGAGAUUCGUCAGGGGUUCGGACCCACGAGUCGCCACUUGCAGGGGCAAACUUCAGAACAAGAGGAGCAAGCUCAACCAGGAGAUCAACAAGGAGCUGCGACUCAGAGCUGGCGCCGAGAACCUAUACAAGGCGACGACGAACCGCAAGCUCAAAGAGACCGUGGCCCUGGAAUUGAGCUUCGUCAACUCGAACUUGCAGCUGCUCAAGGAACAGCUCGCGGAGCUCAACAGCUGCGUCGAGGCCUAUCAGAAUGACACAAACGAUGAAGUAUCCAUGCCGCUCAUCCCUCUGGGACUCAAGGAGACGAAGGACAUCGACUUCCGAGAUCCCUUCAAAGAUUUCAUCCUCGAGCAUUACAGCGAGGACGGGGAGAACUACGAGGAGUCGAUAGCGGAGCUGAUGGAGACGAGGUUGGCGACGCGGACGCCGACGCGGGACGCCGCCGGGAUAAGCUUGCUGUUGCGCUACUACAAUCAGCUGUACUACAUCGAGAGGCGCUUCUUCCCGCCGGACCGGAGUCUCGGGAUCUACUUCGAGUGGUACGACUCGUUGACGGGAGUGCCGAGCUGCCAGCGCACGGUGGCCUUCGAGAAGGCCUCGAUACUCUUCAACGCGGGAGCCUUGUACACCCAGGUGGCUGCCAAGCAGGACCGCAGGACGGAGAGGGGCUUGGAUCAGGCGGUCGACGCUUUUCUCAGGUCGGCCGGUACCUUUAGGUACAUACACGAGAACUUCACCAAUGCCCCGAGUAUGGAUCUUGGGCCCGAAAUGCUCGACAUGCUGGUGCAGCUCAUGCUGGCACAAGCGAGGGAGUGUCUAUUCGAGAAACUCGAGCUGCAAUCGAGGGAGCAGAGGGACAUCGACGUCUCGCUGGACCUCGCCCAAGAGGCCGCUCAGGUGUCGGCCGUAUACAGCGACGUACACGCGCUCAUAUCCCGCGAGCCCGUGCGCGACUACGUCCCAGAGUCGUGGAUCUCCCUCGUGUCGGUGAAGCGCGAGCACUACCUGGCCGUGUCCCACAGGCACGUGGCCGCGGGUCUGCUCGACCACCCGAUGAGCGACUUCCGCCCGGAGACCAGGGUCAUCCUCGAGAGGAUCCAGCGAAGCGACUCAAAGACCCAACUCGAGGUCAUGGUGCCCAAAUCCGAGAGCGAACGGCAACUCCUCGGCCGGGCCCACGUCAGGGAGGCCCUCGUCCUCCACGAGGAGAGCCAACGGCUCCAGCGCAUGUGCCGCGAGCUCAAGGCCAAGCAAGCCCUCGUCAAAGCUCUGAGGAGGGCCCAGGACGCCACCCUCGACAUCUACGGAAGAUCCGGCGACGACGAGGACAUCAGGGAGCUGCUCGACGCCCCGAGCAUCAUCGUAGCCACCAAGUUCCAGCUGAGUCUGACGCACCCGGACUUUACCCAGCACGGCGGUGACGACCUCUUCCACGGGCUCGGACCCAUCGCCAUAUUCUCGGCAAAGCGACACUGGACGGCACCGCGGCUCGUGCAACUACAACGCGGCCCCAACGGCGAGGGCUUUGGCUUUAGCGUUCGGGGCGACGCGCCCGUCAUCGUCGCCGGCGUCGAGCACAACUCCCUGGCUGACCUGGCUGGUAUGAAGGAGGGCGACUUUAUAGUGAGCAUCGGCGACAAAGACGUCAAGUGGGCGUCGCACGAGCAGGUGGUCAGACUGACCAAGCAGUCGGGUCACUCGAUAAGCAUGAAAAUCGUCACGCCGAUGGACAGAAAUUACCUGAAGAAACCAAUAAAAUCAAACGGUCGCGACAAGGGUAGCGUUUCGGCGAGCAGCUCCUCGGGGGUGUCGUCGGGUCAGCCGAGUCCGGCCGGUUCGGUGACCACGGCUCACGUGGCUCGACGCCUGCCUUGGAACCCCUUCAAAAAAUCCAACGGCCAGAGGGACAGUCGGGACCUCACCUUCGACAACGUCAUUCUCAGAUGAUUCGAACGCCCACUCGUUCAAACACCAUAAUAAUAAUAAUAAUACACAUGUAUAUGCAGUCGAGUCGAUCAAACGCAAAAUAUUGUCAUCACCGUAUAAUAUUUACGUUGUGUACAUAUAAAUAUGACUAAUCGAGCGUUCGGAGGAGGAACGCCGUUGGUGUGGUUUUUCUCGAUUAAUGACCGUUGCCAAACUAUGUAAAUUUACCUGGUUGUAGUUGUAGAUAUAUAUAUACAUGCCGGUAAAUGAGUAUUGAGCGUGGAUAAGUCGUCGAAAGAAUGUUUAUAUACUUUGGCUGUAGGGAAUCAAAGUUUGUCCAAUAUUUUUCAAACGUUCGAUAUUGUAAAUAUUUGCGUUGAUAAAAUUAGUGAAGCUUUUUUUUUUUUUUUUUUGAAUUCAGAAUUUUCAAUGAAAAUCUGUUAUCCCGACGGAUGGUAUUGGCCAAAACUAAGCUUCGUUGUAAUGAGUUGAUCAUUAUUGUUUAGUCGCAAGUUUAGUUGACGGUUCGUCGUUUUGACUCCUUAUCGCGAUCACGACUCUUGCUCGUUUCGUUAAAUAUGUAUUUAAUUUAUAUCAUCUAAGGAAUGUGAAUAUUAACAAUAAUUGUAAGAGUAGAGGGAUUACGUGUU